CAACUUUUUGGUUUGGUGAUUCCAAAGUUGAUGUUAGAUGGCGAUAGUGGCAUCAUUUUUAGACAUAUUCGUGGUUCACGGUUAGUGCGGUCGAUCCGGGGAUUCGUGGGUGUCGGUUGUGUUGUUCAUAGUGGAGGAAUCCGGGGAUCAUGAUGUCCCCCAUAAUAGGGGAAACACUACGAGUAUGGUUUCUCUCGGCGUUGGUGGUUCACGGGGCUGUCGCCGGCAAUCCGGACGCGAAACGCCUUUACGACGACCUGCUCUCCAACUACAACAAACUAGUGCGCCCUGUUGUGAACACCUCGGACGUGCUACGUGUGUGCAUUAAGCUGAAGCUCUCGCAGCUCAUCGAUGUGAACCUGAAGAAUCAGAUCAUGACGACGAAUUUGUGGGUCGAACAGUCAUGGUACGACUACAAGCUGCGAUGGGAGCCGAAGGAGUACGGUGGAGUCCACAUGCUACAUGUGCCGUCCGACCAUAUAUGGCGGCCAGACAUAGUCCUCUACAACAACGCGGACGGCAACUUCGAGGUGACCUUGGCCACGAAGGCCACCAUCUACCAUCAAGGAUUGGUCGAGUGGAAGCCGCCCGCCAUUUAUAAAUCAUCCUGCGAGAUCGACGUGGAGUACUUCCCAUUCGACGAGCAGACCUGCGUCCUCAAGUUCGGUUCGUGGACCUAUGACGGCUUCAAGGUCGAUCUAAGACACAUGGACGAGAAAUCGGGAAGCAACGUGGUGGACGUUGGAGUCGAUCUGUCCGAGUUCUACAUGUCCGUAGAAUGGGACAUUUUGGAAGUACCUGCAGUGCGAAACGAAAAAUUUUACACCUGCUGCGACGAGCCGUACCUAGAUAUUACGUUUAAUAUAACGAUGAGAAGAAAAACACUUUUCUACACUGUGAAUAUAAUUAUUCCAUGUAUGGGGAUUUCUUUUCUUACGGUGCUGACAUUCUAUCUACCCAGUGACAGCGGGGAAAAGGUCACGCUCUCCAUCUCCAUCCUCAUCAGUCUUCACGUGUUCUUCCUGCUGGUCGUCGAGAUCAUUCCACCUACGUCGCUGGUCGUGCCGCUGCUUGGAAAGUACCUGAUAUUCGCUAUGAUACUCGUUUCGAUAAGUAUAUGUGUGACGGUGGUUGUGCUGAAUGUCCAUUUUCGAUCACCUCAGACUCACAAGAUGGCGCCUUGGGUUAAAAGAGUUUUCAUACACAUCCUUCCUCGAUUGCUGGCCAUGAGGAGGCCGCAAUACAAAUUCGAAACAAAUAGAUAUAGUUCUGGCAGAGUGUUGAUGAGAACAGUGAGGGGGAAGGAGAAGACCUGCUAUUAUCCUUAUCACCCGUCUACUCAAGAGGAUAGCGAAGAACAUUUAACACCUAAACGAUUUCAUAGUCGUGCUGCGUCGAAAGAAGACCUUUCACCUUCCAGUUUGGCGGACGGUGCAAGGUUCGGAGGAAGCUGCUUAAUUCACGGACCGCCAUUACCACCGCUUCCUCUUCACACCGAAUGCGAGGACCUCUCCGUUUCCGGUGAAGCAGGGAUCGAGGAAGUCAAAAGUCCGGUCCUUCGAAGUCCUCCAGCCUUCUCGCAUUCGCGUUGUCCUCCAGAAAUCCACAAAUCUUGCAUCUGUGUGCGUUUCAUCGCCGAGCACACGAAGAUGCUUGAAGAUUCGACUAAGGUGAAAGAGGAUUGGAAAUACGUGGCGAUGGUGCUGGACAGACUGUUCCUGUGGAUAUUCACGUUGGCGGUGCUGGUGGGUACAGCCGGGAUCAUCCUGCAGGCUCCGACCCUCUACGACGACCGGGUUCCAAUCGAUAAAAAAUUCAGCGAAUUCGCCACCACGACGGUGGUGAACUGCCCGCCGCAAUAGUCCAUGCCCGAGCCCUGCACCGUAGACAAAGACUAAGGACCAACAGCCCGGAAGUAACUUGCUACCAAACCGGAACAUCCCGCCCUAGUCUUAGGAACAUUCGACUUAAGUACACGAAAUUACGGUAAAAGGGCUCCGUUAUCGACAGAAACCGAAUAUCCGAAGAAAUCGCCAUUGAAAUUCUCCAUUUUUCUUCCUUUUUGUCUUCGUUCUUUCGUUGUUUACUUUCGAAUCAACAACCGACGUUGUUCCUGAUCUCACGGGACUUUUUAACAGCAAAGAGUACUGCAAUAUUUUUGGAACAAUUGUCGAGGAAACGUAUGCUCUUGGAAUGUUCUGAUCGAGAAGAAGUUUUUGAUUCGUCGUUGAAGGAAGAUGCGAUCGAAUUAUACCUACAUAGUCUGCUCAAGUAAAUCGUAAUACGAAGCUGCCACUACUUAAUCGGGUUACCUUUUAAAGCAACCGGCUAAUUAAAAAUACUGUAAUAAUAAUUAUAGAGUUCCCUUUCAUGGCUCUGAUCGAAUCGGGACGGUGGAGGGAGGGUUUCGAUCGGUCCUGGGGCCUGAGGGUUUUGAAGUUGUUGGUACGGUGAGGUGCAAUUGUAGAAUCCCUUUGGAUGUGGAGUGAUGCGGAGGAAGAAUAAAAUUUUGUUGAUCCCUGAUGGAGAUUAAAAUAUUUUUUUGGGGGAAU